AUGAAGGAUCAAAAUAAGGCAGACGAAGUAUGGUGGCAAGAUUACAGAAAACGGAAUUCAAAGGAAUUUUACAGCAUUGAGAUGAUAGUUCGACAAGCGUUUAAGGAUAGUUUUCGGGAAUACGCCGACCAUUCUUCAAUUAGUGGUUUCCAACAAAUGUGCAAUGCGAAUAUUACACAUAAACAAAGGUUAAUCUGGGUACUAGGUUAUGGCAUUAUGCUUGGUAUAAUGUUAUAUUUCUUAAUAUUUUACAUCUGGAUCGAUUGCCUGGACAAACCCUUUGUUGUGACAAUGGAAACUUCGACAUACCCCAUUUCCAUGAUUGAUUUUCCCGCUGUCGCUGUAUGCAGUGCGAACAGAAUUAGUAAAAAGGCGCUGAAAACGUUUGCUCGUAGUGUUCACCCUUGGAUGGCGAAACACAACGAAACUUUAUCUGACGUGGUGGACUAUUUGAGACAAUUGGGCAGCUUUAUCGACUUCUCGUAUAAUGAAUCUUUAAGGAAUCACAAUUUCAAUAAGCCGUUCGAGCACUUAAUGAAUACCACUUACAACGUUGUAGACAUGAUGGAGUCGCUUGCACCCUCAUGUGACGAGAUGCUGUUAGAUUGCUUUUGGGCGAAUCGCAAGGCAAACUGCAGUGAAUUGUUCCAAGUCCUUCGCACCUCGCACGGCCACUGCUGCGUCUUCAAUAAUAUACUCGAUUCUUAUGAGGGUGAUUUAAACCAGACAAUUCCUCGCAAACCACAUCGUCAGACUAUGCCAGGAAUUCCCGAAGGUCUGAACAUAUUGUUGGACCCGCUCAUCGAUGACUAUGCGUACUCCCUUUACAAUUAUUACGGUAUCGAGGUGUUCUUAUUCGACCCAACCCACUUUCCGGACAUAAGCAGUGGACGAGUGAUCCACCGCACGGCCCAGCCCGGCCAGCGCGCCAUGUUCAACAUCUGGUCAACCACGCAGGCUGCGUCAGCUGAAGUGCGCAAAUAUUCUCCCAAAACGCGCCAAUGUUAUUUCCACGACGAGCACAAAUCUUUGAAAACAUUAUAUUCAUACAGCGCUUGCAUAGUCCGGUGUCGACUCACAACAAUGAUGAAUGUGUGUCGAUGCAUUUCGUACGUGUACAAAUCGAUGGCGGACACAGCUGAUCGUAUCUGCACCUUCGCGGAUCUGCCGUGUCUCAAUCAAAUAAAAGAAAAGUUGCUAUACCUAUAUCCAAAACAACCUACGGACACAGUCGGAUUGGAAUUGGAACUUUUAGAUUCACUAAAAUGUGAUGAUUGUUUAUCCGACUGCCAACAUACAAAAUAUUUCUCUGAAUAUUCCAAAGUACAGUUCGAUAAAUUGCAUGCUCAUGACAUGAUGUUUAUAGAAUAUCUACGAAACAUGACGGGAAAGAUAUGGCUCUCAGUCUAUAAAGGUUCCAGAGAUGGCGUACUGAACCGCCUUGAUGUUGUCUUCUACUGGUUUGAGAUAAUUAGUACCGUUGGUAGUUUCUACGGGAUACUUAUUGGAUUUUCUAUCAUUUGUGUGACUGAAUUUUUUUACUAUUUUAUACUUCGAUUUUCUAUUCGUUUAUACCGUUUAUGUGUAAAAUAA